ACCACGUUUCAGCCGACUUUGCUUCUUAAAACUCAUAUGUGGAUUAUGAUAUCGCAUUCUUCAUACUUCUGUGUGAUUCCACUAGAUAUUGAACUCUGACUUUAAAUCAGAUUGUGUAUUUUUACCCACUAUUGUAAUUUCUGACAUUAGCCUACAGUAGUCACUGGUCUAGGCUGCUAUUUCUCAUUGGCUCAUGUGACAACCAUCUAGCGCUGGGGUAGGUUGCGCCUGUCGCUGUCUGUAACGAGAUGUGCAGAUAUUUUUAUCGACACUAUGUAGCAGUUAAUUUUCUCUGAAGGGGUGGUUUCCCCUGUCCUGUUCCAGGGGUGUUUUUCCCUGUCUGCGGCACGAUGCGGCGUGGAGAGUCUGUACCCACGGCCUUCCAGGCUCCGGUGGAUGUGCACGCCAGUGCGGACGGCCAGGUGUACAUGUUCCGGGGCCGGCUGGCAGACUCCGGCGGCUCAUCUGAGGAGGACGAGCUGAAUGUGAUGGAGCUGAGGCCGAGAGGAAGGGACUCGGAGGAGAGAGAGAGGGAGAGGGUGGGCGAUGUGAUGCUGUUGGAGAGAGAUGUCACACAGGGGGACAAUCUAAACAAGCUGGCCCUGCAGUAUGGAUGCAAGGUGGCCGACAUCAAGCGUGUGAACAAUCUGAUCCAGGACCAGGACCUGUACGCCCUGAAGUCCAUCAAGAUCCCGGUGAAGAAGCACGGCCUCCUCACGGAGACCAACUCCGAGCUGCGGGAGCCUGAAGCAUCAUCUACCACAUCGCCGUCAGCAGCAUCAGGACCCUUCAUCCAGCAUCCUCUUGACAACAGCACCUACACCACCACUGCUAAUGCUAACUCUGUCUCACCGCGAGGCCCAGCUGUCUCAGCCAGCCUCACCAACGGCGCCCCCUCUGGUCACCCCCAGGUACAGCAGUACACAGACUUCCUGAAGGAGGUGGAUCAGGACAUCGAGCGGCUCAUCCAGAGUACGGAGGACGACCUGCUGGUGGGGCCAGGAGAGGCGGGGUCGGGGUCGUCGUCGCGGCGAUGGGGGGCUCGGGACGCGUGCAAGGGGCUGAGAAGCUACGGGGCGGACUGGGGCAUCCAGUGGUGGAACGCCGUGAUAGCCAUGUUCCUAAUCGGCAUCGUGUUGCCCAUCUUCUACCUGGUGUACUUUAAGACGCAGGACAGCGGGGCGAGCGUUACGGAGGACGGAGGGGUGAACAUCUCCAUCACUACUACUACCUCAGACAGCUCUGUGUCCAGCAUCAUCGCCAGCACAGUAGGCACUGGAGGAGGAGGAGGGAGCCUGAUGGAACGUUUGAUCAGCAAGCCGCACACAUAGGGGGCCCGAUCCAAAAGGUUUAUUCAUAUGUAGUGUACUCUAUGCAAUGAGGUAGAGUAGUAAACUACAGGUGGCAUGGCAAUUCCUGACAGCACUGGAAAACGGCAAACACAGUGUUCAUCUUCUGUUGAUAGAUCUGUGCUCUCUAUUCAAUGCAAAUCAAUGGAGAACACGGCCACCCUUGUCAAAAAAUGGCCUAAAACUGUGAAUAUGAAUUGACACAUUAACCCCAUAAUGUACGCCGUAUCAUCUGAGCCACGCUUUUAAGUCAUUAAAAAGUUAAUCACCAUAAUACUCAUCUACUAAUGCACUACGACUCAGUCAUUGCCAUUCUGGUAACAGCAAAUUUAGAAUGGCGUGCUUUAACGGGUUAAUCAAUGACCAGAUUUGACACAUCAAGCUAAAUAUCAAUUUAAAUCUAGUAGGGCUGCACGAUUAUGGAAAAAAUCAUUAUCACGAUUAUUUUGGUCAAAAUCAUAAUCAUGAUUAUUAAUCACGAUUAUUGAUUUUUGCAGAAGAUGAAAUAUAACCAAGAAUGAAUUACAUAUGGGAUGAGCAAAAUAAAAUGAAUUGUAUUAAUUAUGUAAAGGCAAUAGCAUGAAACUUAAGUGGACAGAUUUCUGGCCAGAAACACCAGCCUGUCAGUAUGUUCUGGCUUCAAGGACGCUCUCAAAAGUAGGUCACUAUUGCCACGAUUAAAUCACGAUUAAAAUCAUGAGUUCGAUUUCACUAUUUUAUCACGAUUUUGAUUAUUUUUUGAUUAAUUGUGCAGCCCUAAAAUCUACUGUAAAUCAUAUGAAUCAAUAAAAUACAUUUCAAUGUCAGUCCGUAUUAGUUAGGUAGGUACAGACGAACUAUUGUCUGUAUUGUCUAUACUGUAUAGUGUGUCAAUUACAUUUUCACAUCAUUUAGCCAUUUUUUGGCAGAGUUGAGCCACUUCUCCAUUCAUUGACAUUGCUCAGAUCUACCUACAAAUAAUGGCUGCCAGGACUGCCGUGAAUAAGGGGAUGGUCCCACCUCUAGUUUUUUUUCUACCUCUAUGACUGAAUCUGUGUUAGCCUGAACUUGCAAUCUGUAAAGCUCCGGUCAAUCAUAUUUCCCUCCACUUCACAUCUUUAUCGGGUCAUUUGGGAGGAUAUUACUCAUGUUGCCACUUUUUAACGUGGUAUAAAUCAGAUACACAUCUCAAACCUCUCACUUGUAAUCGGUACUCCGGUAGUCAUCUGUUCAAAUCCUCCUGCACACUAAUACAAUUAGUGCGAGCGUAUACUAGACCAGGCUAUGGGUGAAACACUACUGUAGUUCCUAUCGUCCUUUCCUGCUUGUGGCCGCUUUCAUCAGUGUCACCCUGAAUCCAUAGAUGUCUCAUACGAUGAAGACCUCCCGUAGAGAGAGACGUCAAACGAAAUUCGACUGAUAAGAGAACAAUAGUUUCCCCGCUAUCAACAAAGGCAGAACAACUUUUGGUUGGGAUUUUCCCCUUGGGACACCCUGAUUGCAAAUGAGAAAUUGACAUGGGAAUUGUGCUUUUUGGUGUUUUUAUUGAAUACAACUUUCAUCAUCAGUGACGUUGAACCAUGCAUAACAAGGCCACAAGCAAUGACAGGAUGGGAGGGUCUGGUUUGAGUUCCAUCCUAGGUGUGUGUACUGAACAAGUGAAGAUUUUGGAAGGAAUAGUAAUCAUAUCUGGUGCUCAUCUGUGAAAGACUCCUGGACUUUAUCACUUACUCUGAGUCUGCAAUAUAGCCUACAGUUCAUAUUUCACUCCUUGCUCUGCAGUGUAAACUUAUUGUCUGUCCUUUGUGCCAAAGCAAAAUCAGCUGAACCAAAUGACUAAUACUAAAUCAGCAAGGUUUAGGGGAAAGAGGAGUUGUUUGAAAGGCAGAGAAUGCACAUGUUGUUUUUGUUAUUAUGUUCUGUCAAAUAUGGCGAUAUUAAUGAACAUUGUUGUUUUAAUGUGUUUGAGAGUUCUUGUUGCUGCUUGAGGAUAAGUUAUCUUGCAGCGGAGUUGUAUACAUGAUGGGUUAUGCCGCUUGGCCCUAUAGCACAAACGCUAUGAUGUGCAUUGUAUUAAGGUGGAGUUUGUCAUUUUUUUAGUUGUUUAUUUCCUGCAUGUUUGCUGCUCGUUCACAAGUGUAAUCUUUUUCACCUUCAUAAAUUUCGUAAAUGUAUUCAUUGAAAACUAUAUUUUUCCAUAAAUGAAUAGGUGGAUCUUCUCCAUGACUGAAUGACCAGGCCAUAGACAUCUUUGGUUGUGGAACUUACAGUACUUCUGUCGAUCAGUACAUUUUAGUUUAAUGAAUUAGUAAAUAUUCAUGAAAAGAUCAAAUUUGUGAACGGGCAGCAUACAUUUUAAAAUAAGUGACUGCAAUUGCAUACUCUACCUUAAACAAUGUGACAGCCAAAAUCAGCUUGUUGCAUUGGCAGAUCAGACAUUUAUCUUACCGUUAUGACAUACAGUAUUUCAGUCAGUUGUCAGUAUGUCAAGUUCUUAUUGGUAACCAUCAUUUCAGAACAUUUAGUAACUGAAUAGCAGUACACUUUGACCAUGCACUUUUGAGAGGAGUUUGCUUAAUACUAACUAUGUGUGCGUGUUUGAGUGAAUGAGAGAGAGAGAGAGAGAGAGAGAGAGAGAGAGAGAGAGAGAGAGAGAGAGAGAGAGAUUGAUUGAGAGUCCAUAACAAAAGUGCCUCGACUAUCAAGUGGCCUUAAUAUACUGUAGUUUAAUGGACCUGCUAAAUUUCACUCCAAAUUGUGGAUAAAACAAGAGGAAAUUCAUGAUGCCUUUUGCCAUUGAGCGGUUGAAACAUAUCAGUUGAGAAGUGGAGGAAGUCUUUAUCUAUUGCUCGUUGUGGCCUUGUGUUAAUACCUCUAUAAGUGUUUUGAUGUCACUAGACUUUACUUUCUUACUAAAGUACAUGGCUGAGAGUUCAGUGAAUUGUGUGAAGUGCAAUAAAUAUCCUGCUAGUUAUCUUGGAAUUAAUCCUAAUUCAUUAUUUUAAGAAGAUGUUUACUUGAUACGAGAACAAUUUUCAUUCAGAAAAUUAGCGCGUAGUGUCAUAAGACCUUGUUGCUCAACCAAAAAGUUACUUAGAUACAAGACUAGCUGUUAUUUGUUUUUGUUUUUGGGUCAUUAAUGUUUUUAGUAGCAGUCAGGUGGUGGUGUAACCACAGCUAAUGGCACUUUUGUAUGAAUUAAAUAUUAUAAUAAGAAUCAUUACUAUUUAUAUGAAAGAUAUUCAUCCCACGUCAUUGAAACAUGUUGCACAAUCAUUUGAUGUCGCAACCUAACACAGUAGUAGUGAAUUCAAACAUUGUUAUUAUUUAUUUGGUUAACAUUCAAUCCAUGUCCGUAAAACGUGUUGCACAAGUACUCACUUCGCAUAGUAGUCAUAGAAACAGUGGUUGCACCACCCUGAUGUCUGCUUCUAAAGACGUGAAUGACCCUUUUACUAAAUGACAUUGUAUGAACAAGUGUACAAGUCAUGGUUCUUCUACACAGUCUCACCCCAAGUAGUCAAUUUUUGACUACUCCAUUUUUGACACCCCAAGACUGCAAUUUUUGACGUCUUGGGUAUUCCUUCCACGUCACAUUUUGACUAUGUCCUCAAAGGCGCCCCCUUGUGGCAGCAUAACGUCAUUGAGGUUAGGUUUAGGAAUAGGUAUAGGGUUAGGCCACAUAGUCAAAAUGUGACGUGGAAGGAAUACCCAAGACGUCAAAAAUUGCCGUCUGGUCCAAGGUAGUCAGAAAUUGACAACUUGGGGUGAGACUGCGUUGGGUUCUUUGUAAUCUGCUGUUCCAGCACAGUGCCUUACUAUCCUGCAGUCUUCAAGCCACUAUGGGCUCCAAUCAUCUCCUCAACAAGUGUCUUCAUUUGCAUGUGUUUACUGUGUGUGCAACAUUAACGAGCUACACUCAAACGAGUCUGUAUAAAUGAAGGGCUCUUUUUCCAAAAUGCUAUAUAUCCAUUUUCAAAAGUGUUUUUAUUUUCUGUAUCUUUUAAUGUCAUUGAAAUGAGCAAUUUAAUGUUGAAUUUCUUAGGGAUAUAAAUUAUAUUAAAAUGGUUUUUAUAGCUUUUUGGAAAAUAGCUCAUCAAAUACAACAUAGUUGCUACCAAUUAGCAAUGGAUAAUAACCCUGUAACAAAGUUGUUGUAGUUAGCCACUACAGUUUUGACGAACAGACUCCUGAGCAGUGUAUGCAAUUGUUUGGAGAUUUUGCAUAGGACAAUAAGAAGUUCAACUUGUUUGGCAUCCUUUUGAAUAUUGUACAAAAUAAAUGUAUAUGAGAUUGAGAUACUGUGUAUACUGUGUUGUGGAGUGAUGUUUUGGACAAUGACACGAUUUUCUGUGUGAGUAACUGAUGAAACACAAUAUUAAAUGUGUUUGUGAAUACCCACCAGCUUACCUGACUAGUAAUGCACGCAUG